AUGGCCAGCCAAGCCGUGUGCGCUGCCGUGGGUGCUGCCGUGGGUGCUGCUGUGGGCGCUGCCGUGGGCGCUGCCUCGGUCAGCAGUCCGCUGCUCGGCGCUGGCCUGCAGGAGGCGGGGGUGAUGGCCUUGGCGGCGGGGGGGACGGUGGUGGAGGUGAUGGCAAGGGGGUCAGAGGUGACGGUGCGAUCGGCGGUGGUGGCGUGGCUGGUGGAGAUGAUGGCGGCGGACGUGACGGCAGGGGUGGCGAAGCAGGUGGCAGUGAAGGCGACUGCAACGGAAGCGGAGGCGAUGGCGAUGGUGCCGAUGGCGGCGGCAAUCGCGGAGGAGAUGGCGGUGAUGCUGGUGGCGGUGGGGAUGGCGACGGAAGCAGUGGUGGCGGCGAUGGUGGCGGCGGAGACGGCGACGGCAGAGGCAGAGACGGCGGUGGCGGGGAUGGCGGGGGCAAGUACGGUGGUGGUGAGAUCGGUCGCGGGGAAAUGGGAGGCGGUGGCGGAGAGGAAGGUGGCGGUGCGAGCGGCGGCGGCAAGGGCGGUGGCGGCGAGGGCAACGGUGCAGACGGGGGUAUGGGCGACGGCGGCGGAAAGCUUGGCUGCGGUGGUGGUGCGGUGGGAGAUGGCCGCAAAGGCGAAGGCGGUGAUGGAGAGGGUGGUGGUGCAAAGGGUGGCGGCGAUAAUGGCGGUGGCGGCGACGGCGGCGGAGGGGAGGGUGGCGGGGGCCGCGGCAACGGCGGCGGUGGCGAUGGUGGCGGCGGAGAAGGCGGCGGCACAGAGGGGGGUGGUGCAAAGGGUGGUGGCGGUGAUGGCGGUGGCGGGGCCGGCGGCGGAAGAGAGGGUGGCGGGGGCAGCGGCAACGGCGGCGGUGGCGAUGGUGGCGGCGGAGAAGGCGGCGGUAGAGAGGGGGGUGGUGCAAAGGGCGGUGGUGGAGAAGGUGGCGGUGAAGAGGGUGGCGGCGGAGAGGGUGGCGGGGGCAACGGCAAUGGCGGUGGUGGCGAUGGUGGCGGAGGAGGCGGCGGCGGCGGAGAGGGUGGCGGCAGGGAUGGCGGCGGUGGCGAGGGUGGCGGCGGAGAAGGUGGCGGCAAAGAGGGUGGCGGAGGCAGCGGCAAUGGCGGCGGUGGCGAUGGUGGCGGUGGUGAAGGCGGCGGCACAGAGGGAGGUGGUGGAAAGGGCGGUGGUGGAGAAGGUGGCGGUGAGGAUGGCGGCGGCGGGGAAGGUGGAGGGGGCAGCGGUGACGGCGGCGGUGGCGUUGGUGGUGGCGGAGAAGGAGGCGGCGGAGAGGGUGGCGGCGGCGAUGGCGGUGGUGGCAUUGGUGGUGUGGGCGGUGGGGACGGUUGAGGCGGGAGUCCCGGCGGUGACAAGGGCAGCGGGGGUGGUAGCGACGGCGGCAUUGAGGGCGGUGGCAAGGAGGGCGGCAUUGGCGAAGGCGGCGGUGGCGAAGGGGGCGGUGGCGACGGUGAUGGGCUCGGCGGUGGGAGGCGCGGCGAAGGCGAUGCUGGCGGUGGUGACGCUGGGGGUGACGAUGGCAAAGGAAGCCGCACAGUCGGCGGUGUCGGCUUUUUUGCACUUUGAGACCUCGGUCCGCCCUGCCAAGUCGGCACAGGCGAGGGUGGCGGCAAAAAUGGCGGAGGUGACGAUGGCGGUGGAGGCGACGGGGGAGGAGGCGAGGGUGAGGGUGGCGGCAAAAAUGGCGGAGGUGACGAUGGCGGUGGAGGCGACGGGGGAGGAGGCGAGGGUGAGGGUGGCGGCAAAAAUGGCGGAGGUGACGAUGGCGGUGGAGGCGACGGGGGAGGAGGCGACGGUGGCGGCAACGAUGGCGGAGGUGACGAUGGCGGUGGUGGCGACGGUGGAGGAGGCGAGGGUGGCGGCAACGAUGGCGGAGGUGACGAUGGCGGUGCAGGCGACGGGGGAGGAGGCGAGGGUGGCGGUGCCGAAGGAGGUGGAUCUAAGGGAGGAGGCGGGGAUGGCGGCGGGGAUGGCGGCGGGGAUGGCGGUGGCGGUGACGGCGGCGGAGGACUGGGGGGUGCGCGCCCUCAACCGCGCCGGCUCAGGCCCGUGGAGUGCAAGGAUCAUCGGCACGACGCAUCUGCCCUCGGUGGCACCGGAGCGGCUGCCGCGCGUGAGCGAGCUCCGUGUUCAGCGCGACUCGUACAUUGAGGUGCAGGGACAGCGAGCGGGAGCGACGAGGUGGACGACGGUGCUGCAGCGCGCUACCGCGUCCCGCGUCGCUCUCCGCGACCUCGACCACGGUGGCGCCACUUGGCGAUUCCGCACCGUCGCACACAACCGCUUUGGCGUCUCUGAGCCGUCAAUCCCGUCGGAAGAGGUGCUGCCCGGCUUGCAUGCUACCGUGCUCGCCUCGCCGCCGCGGGUGCACGCCACCGGACGCACCACCGUCCGCAUCCCGCUGCCGCGAGGGCUCAGCUGCCAGCCGGACCUGGAGUGGCUCAUCCAGGUGAGCGUCGGUGAUCAAGGCAGAGAGCGGGAGGGCGAGGAGGAGGGUGCAAGGCGAUGGCAGGUGCUCGCAAUCGCGCGGGCCGGCACCACCUACACUGCCGAGAAGAUCAACUGCGCCGCCGGCUGCGCCUUUCGGCUGCAGGCCGUCGUCUCUGGCUUUGGCCCCGACGGAGGCUCCUCGCUUGUGACGCCGGAGGCGGUGCUAUCCGCGGCCGACUUUGGGCUGCCGACUUGGACUGCCGCGCCGAGGGAGCGCAAGGGGCCUAGUCCGCGCGCGGAGGGCGCAGUGAGUGAUGGUGUGGGCGGCGGCGGCGCGUCGGCGCUCUCGAAGCUGUUGCUUCCGCUGGCGCUGCUCGCGCUGGCCGCUAGUGCGUGGCGAUGCCUCCGGAGCCGUAGCUGCCGUCGAGCUCGGCCGUCGGGCGUGCUGCCUCUCGAGGACGACGAGGAGGAUGACGAGGAGGAGGAGGAGGGCGAGGGUGGCGCUAGCGGUCGUAGGGUCCGGAGGGCGGCGAGCGAGGAGGAGGAGCCAAUGGACUGCCGGCAGCCGACGCACGUGAGCGACAUCCGCAGCGGCCGCGCUCCGCCCGUGUGCGGCGGCAGCGUGAAGCGGCACGCCACUCCGCAGUGGGGGCAGCUCGCCUGGAAGAUCGCCCGCCGGGGCGGCGUCGGCGGUGGCGCCGCCCCGGCGCCGUCGGGUGUCGCGGGCCCGCCGCCGCCGCCAGAGUGCGCUGCGGGCGGCGUGGCGGGCGGCUGGACGGCGAGAGAGCCGGGCGGCGGCGGAGACGCUGGCGGCGGCUGCUGUGGCGGCGUCUGUUGUGGCGGCGGCGGCUGCUGCUGCGGCGGCUGCUGCUGCUGCUGCUGCUGCGGCGGCGCGGCGGACUCGUCUCGCGCACGCGGCGUGGCGCUCGGCGGCGGCUGGCUCGCGACGCGGAAGCGCGCGGUGCAGCGCGGGCACUCGUAG